AUGGUCAAGAUCACUGGCUUCACCACGCGCGACGUGAGGUUUCCGACCUCGCUCGACAAGACCGGCUCGGAUGCCAUGAACGCCGCGGGCGACUACUCCGCCGCGUACUGCAUCAUCACCACGGACUCGCCGCACGCCGGACACGGCAUGACCUUCACAAUCGGCCGCGGCAACGAGAUCGUCUGCUCAGCCAUCUCCCUACUCACGCCACUCGUGGUUGGCAAAGAGCUCGACGACCUAACCGCCGACUGGGGCAAGACGUGGCGCUACCUCGUCUCCGACAGCCAGCUACGCUGGAUCGGGCCCGAGAAGGGCGUCAUCCACCUCGCACUGGGCGCCGUCGUCAACGCCCUCUGGGAUCUCUGGGCCAAGACGCUGGGCAAGCCCGUGUGGCGUAUCGUCGCGGACAUGACCCCCGAGGAAUUCGUCCGCUGCAUCGACUUCCGGUACAUCACUGAUGCGAUCACCCCCGACGAAGCGAUUGCUUUGCUCAAGGAGGUAGAGGGCGGCAAGGCGGACCGGAUUCGCGAGGCGGAGAGCAGUCAGGCUGUCCCAGCUUAUACCACCAGCGCUGGGUGGUUGGGGUAUAGCGAAGACAAGUUGAAGAGUCUGCUGGAUGAGAGCGUUGCGCUGGGAUAUAAGCAUUUCAAGCUGAAGGUGGGCGGGAAUCUCGAAGAGGAUAAGCGCCGGCUUGCCAUUGCGCGCCAGGCGAUUGGGUAUGACAAGGGGAAUAUCUUGAUGGUGGAUGCGAACCAGGUCUGGUCUGUCCCGGAGGCGAUCAGCUGGAUGCAGGAGCUGGCUCAGUUCAAGCCGUGGUUCAUUGAAGAGCCCACCUCGCCCGACGACAUCCUCGGCCACGCGGCGAUCAAGAAGGCGCUUGAGAAUACCGCCCACGGCUCCGUGGGCGUCGCGACGGGCGAGAUGUGUCAGAACCGCGUCAUCUUCAAGCAGCUGCUGCAGGCCGGCGCGCUGACGGUGCUGCAGCCGGAUGCGUGCCGUGUCGGCGGCGUCAACGAGGUGCUGGCUAUCCUGCUGCUGGCGCGCAAGUUCGGUGUACCUAUCGUGCCGCACUCUGGUGGUGUUGGUCUGCCCGAGUACACGCAGCACCUGUCGACGAUUGACUAUGUUGUUGUUAGUGGGAAGAAGAGUGUGCUCGAGUAUGUGGACCAUCUGCAUGAGCACUUUGUGCACCCGUCCAGCGUGAAGGAUGGGUACUACGUGACCCCCAUGGAGCCUGGGUAUAGUGUUGAGAUGAAGGCCGAGAGCAUGGACGAAUUUGCCUUCCCCGGUGAGGAGGGCAAGAGUUGGUGGAGGUCGCAGGAGGCAAGGACCAUUCUGGACGGGCCCAGAGUAUAG